GGGAAUAAAAAAAGCCCUAACAACAGUCUUCCUCACCCAUUGUAGCGAAACCGGAUCGGCUGAAGCAUUUCCGGUGUCACGCCAUGGCUUAUGCUUCCCGUAUCAUCAAUCAUUCCAAGAAGUUGAAAAGUGUUUCCACAUUAAUCCGGCAUGAGCAUGCUGUGGCCGUCCGUUGCUUCUCGAAUGAUGCACAUCCCCCUCUCGGUAGAAGAGAAGAUAUCUUCAAGGCCCACCUUGAUCAUUCCCCACUGCAGAGGAUGUCCAGAACUAAUACCAGAAAUGUGUCGGUGCCUAGCAGUUUCAGUGGUAAUUUUUCCACAAUGACAGCAAAAUUAAUCAAUAGAGUGGGAGGGCCACUACUUGCGAAAGAAUUCACUUGUUCCCAGAUGCUUUCAGUCAGAGAAUUUUCAUCCAGUUCAGAUCUCCCCCCUCAUCAAGAAAUUGGAAUGCCUUCUCUCUCGCCAACAAUGACUGAGGGAAACAUUGCUAGGUGGCUGAAGAAAGAGGGUGAUAAAGUUUCUCCUGGCGAAGUACUCUGUGAAGUUGAAACCGACAAGGCCACAGUAGAAAUGGAAUGCAUGGAAGAGGGCUAUCUCGCCAAGAUAAUAAAGGGAGAUGAGUCAAAAGAAAUUAAAGUUGGAGAGGUAAUUGCUAUCACAGUCGAAGAUGAAGAGGACAUUGGAAAGUUCAAAGAUUACACUCCAUCAUCUGAUACUGGUUCUUCCGCUCCUAAAGCAGAACCAGCUUCUGCCCCACCAAAGAUAGAGAAGGUUGAGCAGCCAGCCAGCUCUCCUGAACCCAAGAUUUCCAAGCCCAGCCCUUCAGCUUCUGAAGAUCGAAUUUUCGCAAGUCCUCUUGCGAGGAAGAUUGCUGAAGACAGUAACGUACCUCUCUCAAGCAUCAAAGGAACAGGUCCUGAUGGACGGAUAGUGAAGGCUGAUAUCGAAGAUUACUUAGCUUCACGUGGUAAAGAUGUUACUGCCAAGCCAUCCAAGGGUGUGGAUGCUAAGGUUCCAGCUCUGGACUAUGUUGACCUUCCUCACUCUCAGAUACGGAAGGUCACAGCCUCACGUUUGUCAUUCUCGAAACAAACUAUUCCUCACUACUACCUAACUGUGGAUACAUGUGUUGACAAAUUGAUGGAUCUACGGAGCCAACUCAAUUUGUUGCAAGAGUCUUCGGGUGGGAAACGGAUAUCUGUCAAUGAUCUCGUUAUUAAGGCUGCUGCAUUGGCUCUCCAUAAAGUUCCUCAGUGCAACAGUUCAUGGACUGACGAGUAUAUCCGCCAGUAUAGCAACGUCAACAUCAACGUAGCUGUACAGACAGAGAACGGGCUCUAUGUCCCUGUUGUAAAGGAUGCAGACAAGAAAGGGCUCUCCAAAAUAGCAGACGAGGUUCGGCUCUUGGCACAAAAAGCGAAAGAGAACAGCUUAAAGCCAGAAGAUUACGAGGGAGGAACAUUCACGGUCUCCAACUUGGGAGGGCCAUUCGGCAUCAAGCAAUUCUGCGCCGUCAUCAAUCCACCUCAAGCCGCCAUUCUAGCAGUUGGAUCCGCCGAAAAGAGGGUCAUACCUAGUAAUGGUCCGGAGCAAUUCAAGUUUGCAUCAUACAUGUCUGUAACACUGAGCUGUGACCACCGUGUAAUAGACGGAGCCAUUGGAGCUGAAUGGCUGAAAGCAUUCAAGGGAUACAUGGAGAACCCUGAAUCUAUGUUGCUCUAAAAACACACAUUUCUCUGUUUUGAUGGAAACCCUUCAUACUAAUUUCAUCACUUCAUCCCAGAAAAUGUCUGGUGGCUCAUAAAGUUUCAAUCUUGGAAUAAACAGCGGUGGUGAGGGAUUCAAGGUUUGUCCUGUAAAAGCCGGAUUUUUGGGGGGUUGAUCCCUGGGUUGUUAAAAUAACACCACAUUUAUUACUACUUUUCUUCAAUAAAUCAUAAUAUGUUUGAUUUGAAUA